AUGCCGGCUAAUCGAGCGGUUGGCCCCAGCAUGCCGAUUCCAGCAGCUGUGCCGAAACCUGCAGACGACCAGACCGGCCAGGACUCAAGACUCGAGCAACACGGCUCUCCGGCCGUGGCGAGCGCAGAACCCGAACAGGACAAAGAGUAUCGGCCAGAUGACAUUGGCCCGGAUCGAGGGGGCAAUGUGGUGAAUCUCUCACAGAGAGGCACGACAGACAGCCGUUCUUUGCAAUCCCCGCUGCAGCCAACAGCGAUGGUGAACUCUCCACAGAGCCGUUCUAGCGUUGCUGCCCGCAGUUUUGCCAGUGUUCAGCCGAAUGCCCAUGCUGACUUGCGGCCAUCCGCCUCACCUACUGCAAUCUACACUGUGGAUGUGGGCGUUUUGGUCGAUGAUGUCGCAUGGAACUCUGCUGCAGUAGCGGCCAAUCCUUGCCUCACUGGCCCCAGCAUUCCGAUUCCAGCGGCUCUGCCCAUACCUGCAGACGACCCCACUGGCCAGGACGCCAGGCUCGAGCAACGCAGCUUUCCGGCAGUGGCACGCACGGAACCCGACCGAGGCGAGGAAAAUCAGCCAGAUGACAUUGAACCCGAUCGACAGGCCGAUGAUGUGGCGGCGCCAGCGAAGCCAAGAGUCGUGAGGGCAGCGGAGCCUGCUCUUGGUGGGCAACAUGUAGGACGUACUGACGGCAUCAAACGUCCUGAUGGCCCUCGAAAUAGCCCAGCUCUGCCACUGCAGAGUGCUGCCGCCUCUCAUCUCCGCGGAGCAGGAACCGUGGGCGGAACGGGCGGUUCGCCCGAGAGGCUUGGUCUGCGAUCCAGUCUCCAGCGAAGCAGGUUAGUGACCUCACCACAGAACCGUGCUGGUGUUGCUGGCGCUGCUCGAAGUCCUGUGGGUAGUCAGCCGAACGCCCCUGCAGACUUGCGGCAGCCGGCCUCUACGGCAGCCGCAGUCGUCAGUGCUGUGAGUACCGGUGGCCAUCAAGAACGCAGACGUCGCAUACGCUCUCCUGGAUCACCAGGGAACCCAGUCAGCCGCAUUCCCAGUAAUGGAGGCAAUGCCAUCGAGCGCCCGGGGACGACUUCGAGUUCUCCUGCAUCUACCCCUGCCGCAGACGGUGGCUACCUGGUUGACGGCACCGAGGCUCGGAGCUCGCGGAGCUCGCCGGUUGCUUUCAGUGCACCAUCCCGGCAAGGUGCAAGGAACAGCUCGGGUCAGAGUGGCAGCUUGCACAAGGGCUCAGGUACAAACACUGAGACCAGCAAUGCCACGCGGGGCGAUGGCGCACCUGUCAGUGCAGGUCACAAUGUGAGCUUGCCGGAGAACACCCGGCCGAACCUUGCGUUGCGGAAGAAAGCGGCUGGUGGGCCAGCUCCAAGACGUGCAGUCGCCGAACGGCCAGAGCCUUCGUCUCCCAUCCGCCCGGAGCUAGCCAGCGAGGUUCAGGACGCAAGCCACGACGAGGAGGCUUCUGCUCCUGGGAACUCUGCUGCUGAAGACCGAGCCGAACAGCGGCCUUCGCAACAGCGGCCUUCGCAAGUGGCGCCUGGCGAUGGCGGAGCGGGUCGUUCGGAGCCACGGUCGGUUACAGCCUUCUUCGAGGUGGAGUGCUCCGAGACCGCGCCGGAAGAGGCUGUGUUCCUGGUGCUCGCACAUUCUAGCGGCGGCACAUGGAACAUCAACAGUGGGAUAAUGCUCGAGACAAGCCCAGAGCGAUUUCCGUGCUGGUCAACGGCGGUGCCGAUUUCAGUCGAUGCUUUCUCGAAGAUCGAAUUCCAGUUUGCGAUCUCGGACCGUUCGCUAUCGCAGCCCCCUCGAUUUGAAUGCCUGAACUGCCGGCGACUGCCUCAAACAGAGGGCCAGGACGGGCAAGCCCACGAGAUUGUCUAUCGCGGUGCAUGGGAGGAUUCUCGAAGCACAGUGACGGUUCGGCCGUUGACCUUGUCACCAGCGUCAUCGCCGGUGGGUCCUGAACCGCAGGAGGGAGGCAUGGCUCUUCCGGCAGAGCCGACAGCACGCACUGCGAUUAUGGAGGGCAAAGGUAGCCCAGGACACCAAAGUCCGGGGCAGUGCCCUGUCGCCGCAGACAGCACUCGAAGGUCCAGAUCAUUGCCGGAGACCGCAGCUCUCGGGCCAGAGAUCUCCCAGAUUCCAGUGGUCAUCGUCUCCUCGGAAAUCCUUCCCUGGUCGAACUCGGGGGGGCUCGGGCGCGUCACGGCCUCCUUGGCAAGGCAGUUUGCGCUGCGCGGCCACAGGACCUUGGCCAUUUCUCCGAUGUACACGAAGCCACCGCCGGAGGAUGAAUUCACCUACUUGGGAUCGGCUUGGGUAAGGCUUGACCAGAUGGACCAUGAAGUGCGCUGCAUGCACAAGUUCAUCAGCCUCGGCGAGGGUAAAGGAUGUGAUUAUGUAUUGCUGGACCAUGGCUGCUAUCAGCAUCGGCCAAACGGCCUCUACUGCGACUCGAAGACUGGCCAGGACUACGGCGACAAUCUGUACCGCUUUGCCAUGCUGUCGUUGUGCGCUCUCGAGGUGCCCCUGAGACUGACGUUCAACAGGGUAGCCUACGGCCAAAAGGUCGCUUUCAUCUCCAACGACUGGCAGGCGGCCUUGGUUUCCGUCUUCUUGGCCCACCGCUAUCGCCGCAACGGUCUCUACCGGGAUGCCAGGAACAUCCACAUCAUCCACAACUUGGGCUUCCAGGGGAAGUUUUCGUCACGGCGCUCCAGUGUGAGCACGCUGCUUGGGCUCGGCAAAGCAGCUGCGCUUGACCUGGCCAAGGACGGAGAUCUGAACCUCUGCAAGGGGGCGAUCCUUUGUGGCGACCGGGUGGUCACCGUGUCUCGCAAUUAUGCCAUCGAGAUUCAGACGACUCAAGGUGGAUUCGGGCUGGACAGCCUCCUCGCCCAGAAGGCCAGGAUGCUACGCCUCGUGGGUAUUCAGAAUGCCUUGGAUGAUGAGUGGGAUCCCCGCACCGACACGCAUCUGGCUCGGUGCUACCAGGCGGACAGCAUGGUGCCCGCGAGACGGGAGUGUAAGGUUUUUCUGCAGAAGAAGCUCGGCCUGAUCCCGGCACCGCGUGCAGUCCUGUUCGGCUUCGUGGGCCGACUCACCUGGCAGAAGGGUGUUGACGUGCUAGCCCGUGUGGUGCCCUGGCUUCUUGGCGGCCACGGUCAUGGAUCUGGUCGAGCUCAAGUUAUCCUGAUGGGCGAGGGGGAGCACAACUAUCAGACUUUGCUGAAAGAGCUGGAGCUCCGCAAUCGCGGCUUUGUCUGUGGCCACACAAGCUUCAGCCCUAUCUUGGAACACCAGAUGAUGGCAGGCUGCGACUUCAUCCUCAUGCCGUCGCGAUAUGAGCCGUGCGGCUUGCCUCAGCUGGCGGCGUCCGUAUACGGCGCAGUGCCCAUCGUCACGGCCACUGGAGGUCUCAAGGAUUCCAUCCGAGGUCCGCAAGAGGGAGACUCUGCGACGGGCUUCCUGAUCCAGCCGCCGGUGAGCGAGACGAGUGUCCGGCAGGCGCUCCGGGAAGCAAUGAUGGUUUUCUUCCAGCAGCCGAGCCGUUUCCAGCAGAUGCAGCGUAAUGCCAUGUCGCAGGCUUUUCGCUGGAGCCCGGCGAUCGACGAGUACCAGCAACAAAUUUGCUUGGCCAUGUCAGCUCCAGCGCAGAAGCCGCUCUGGCGAUGCGGGCGCGAGACAGGAUGUGUCCGGUUCCAGUUCGACGGACCCAAAAACUUUACGUACCCGGCGCCCCAUCACCAAGACUGCUUCAUGGCAGACGGCUGGGGCAGCCUUCCGUGCGAAAGAGCACUGAAGGAAGGUCCGCAGCUGGCCAGCCUAUCUGUACAAACUGUCGUUUGCUUGGCCUUUCUGGGCAAAUGCUGCCAGUUUGAGCAGGGUCAGCCGGAGCAGCUGAAAAAGGCGUUUGUGGAGGCAAAGUCGACAAGGACGGACCCUGCAGCUGCACUCGGCACGGCUUCAUCCACAGGAAAACUAGUCACAAGCCUGCCCCGUCUUGCGACCGAGCAACAUGGUGGCGAAGGGAUUGCUACUUGGAAAAAGAAAGGCGCUGGGACGGCCAAGAAGACGCUGAAGUUCACCAUUGACUGCCAGCAGCCAGCGGAAGACACUAUCAUCGAGCCGAAGGACUUCGAGAAGUUCCUGACCAACAGGAUCAAGGUGGAAGGAAAAACUGGAAAUCUGGGUGAGAAGGUCAGCGUGCAUCGGGAGAAGUCCAAGGUCCACGUCACGGCAGAGGCGCCCUUCUCCAAGCGAUACUUGAAGUAUCUUGGAAAGAAGUACCUGAAGGCCCAGCAGUUGCGGGAUUUCCUCCGAAUCGUGGCUCCGUCCAAGACAUCCUAUGAAAUGCGUUACUUCAACAUCAACGAUGAGAAGGGUGAGGAAGACUAG